AUGGAAGGCAUCACUUUACUAGAAAGUAAGACGAGUAGAGUGCACUUUGCAUUCGUAAAGAGGUUGGAAGGAGCAAAGACGUCAAAACAAGCAGAUCAAAUCAUUCAACAAACCAUUCAGGAAGUACGAUCAACUUUGCAAUCCAAAGAGCCAACCACACUUUCUGAAUCGACAAUUGCAUCCCAAUUAUUGGUUUUAUUGCAUUGCUUCCAAGUAUACCCAUUUGAUGAUCUGACAACAGCCACUAGCUUCAAUCUCUCGUUUGCUCUCGUUCCGACUUUGCAUCUUCUUGCAACUGCUCAAUAUGCACGUAGGUUACAGAUUGCCUAUUCCACUCUUGCUCUCUUGAUCGGACCAUUUGCUUCGCCCAAUGAAGAAUUGCAAACAUCAUCCUUGCUCGUGCUCAAUACGAUCAGACAACAUUUAGGAUCACAUACCCACUCAAGCACAAAAAGGAAUCAAUCAGAGGGAGAGUCAAGCCUUCAACGCGCUCGCCAAUACUUUGCUUUACGCUCGAUCGUCAAAGGAACACCAAGUGGAAGUGAUUGUGUGCCAGCAUUAUAUGGGCCGGUUUCAAAUCUCAUCACGCACGAAGAUGAUCGUAUAAAAGCAUUGGCGAUAGAAGCAUUGUUUGUAUUGAACGGCUAUCGAGAAGAAGAAGAGGAUCAAGGCAUAACGAGGGCAACUUAUGAACGUGUACGUGAUGUAGUGACUGGCAGUGUGAAGCGAAAUGGGAAGCAGAAAGCUCGAUCAUCCGAAAAAAUCGGAUCAAAAAAGGACAUUGAGGGCCUCAAACGAUCUUUGGUCAAAGUAUCACGAAUUGCGUUGACCCAAGGUGUGAUUUCGAUGGACGAAUUCGUCUCUACGCUAGUGUCACUGGAUGACAAUCAAUCAUCGACGGGUAUGAAAACUUACAUUGCAAAGAAUCUGUCACAACAACUAUCGAAAGAAGGAUCACAGGUCACUGCAGCUGCUUGUGGGACAGUCAUCGAUUGGGCAUCAACAGGAUGCAAAGAUGUCUUAGGAGACAAUCCUUUGUUCCUUGAGCUUACUCGUCUCUUGGGCAUCGUGAGGUCCUCCUCCGCAGAAGAUGAUUGGAAAGGGACGAUCGCAGACGUUUGGCAAGUAUUGAUAGGCCAUCUACAGUCUCGCAAUGCCAACAGAAGAAUACUCGCCCUAUCCGUCCUGGACGCUCUCCUUCCAUUUGGAUGGCAAUUGGGAGAUUCGGAUGUACAAUUAUCGGAGGAAAACAUGCAAUCAUUGAUGUCUUUGUUAAGUGAUGCAGAUGCUACGAUACGCAUUCGAUGUUUGCGACUGUUUUGCAAGAUAGACACAGGUAUCGUUUCGGCACAUUUGGAUGCAUUGAAGAAAGCAGCUGAAGAAGGUUCAAAAUCGCAAGAGGAAUUGUCUAGCCUCUCUAUACGUAUUUGUGAAACUUUAAAAUGCCUCUGCGAUGCAAAGCAAGGAGAUUCGAUUUCUACAAUAUACUCGCCAACGAUGGCUUCUCUGUUAAGAGUACAGAGCAGAUCAGGAUUUUUGGAUGAUCGAUUGAUUGAGAGAGUAACCCAAGACUUCCAGGAAGCGUAUACUGCAGAUGCAGCGAAAGGAAUCGCAGCAAUCCUAAAAGAAGCAUCAGAAGCAAAGAUGGAGCUUUCUCCAACGUAUAGCUUGCUUAUAUCUACGCUGGUUUGCACUGCGCUAGAACAGAACGUGGACGAUGCCUUCCGAUCCCUUCAUCGGGAAAUGCUGCGGGAUUUGACUGAAAUUUUGCCUUUGGUUGGCGACAAGAAUGCUGCACUGCAAGAAGCUAUGAUGAUUGCAUGUAUCAAAUUGGCAUCUUUGAGUGGUAUUGACGAAGCGCAGGAAGCAAUGUUGACACUCUCGCACAUUGCAGAAUCCUCAAAAUCAACGAUAAUCAAAACAAGGGUGGGCCAAUUAUCAACAUGCGUCUCAAGUGGCAAGCUUGAAGAUCUUGCUGAGCGGAUGAAGAUAGCAUCUUUGCUGUCCACGUUGGAUCGAAUAGAAGAAUUUUUCUCUCAGAGUGGACAAAGCAAGAAUGAUGAUCGCGCACCACACGAGUCAAAGCAAAGGAUGGCACCUAAGCCUCUUCAUUAUGAUGCAUAUGCAUCGCCUCCAGAAUCGGAAGGAGCGACAACCCUUUCACACUCUCAAACCUCGGUUCGAAAGGCAAAUCAACCUUAUACUGCUUUACCUACCCCAUCACAAAUGCGUAAGCAAGUUUUAGCAGAUCAAGGAAAAUACGCAAUGAUGGAGCAAACGAUUCAUCAAAGUAUAGCACAACUAACCUUGGGAGAAGAUGUGGAUGAAGAAAGACAUGUUCCUAGCACAGCAACUGAAGAUGAUGCAAAAGGCGAUGUAGUCCAAAACGAGAACACAACGACAGCACCGCGUGAAGGUCUGCUCUUCUAG